AUGUCGGGAGAUCAGCAUGUUGAUCGCUCUGCUCAAGAGAGUGGUGAGGAAGAUUGCAAUGACGUAGUUGAUGCAAAGCCAGACAGAAGUAGCAGAUUCUCACUUUUUGCAAAAAAAAAGAAGAAUGGAGAAGAAGAACAGCCAAAGUCCUCUCUCAGUAAUCAGUACCGAAUUGUUACACCCACAUUCCAGUACAAUAUGGACUACAAGAAAGUUGGCAAAUGUAUUAUUAUAAACAACAAAAACUUUGAAGACAAAACAGGAAUGGGUACACGCAAUGGCACUGAUAAAGAUGCCGGAGAUCUAGCUAAGAGUUUUGAAAGCUUAGGUUUUGAUGUUUGCACAUACAAUGACCGAAGCCGUGAUGAUAUGGAAAAAUUACUGAAGCAAGCUGCAGAGGAGAAUCACAGUGAUGCUGCUUGUUUUGCCUGUAUCCUUCUAAGCCAUGGGGAAGAAGGCCUCAUCUAUGGCACUGAUGGACCCAUGGCUAUCAAGAGUUUGACUGCGCUAUUCAGAGGAGACAAGUGUAAAAGCCUUAUAGGCAAACCCAAAUUAUUUUUCAUUCAGGCAUGCAGAGGCUCUGAAUUUGAUGAAGGUAUACAAACUGACUCUGGACCUGCAAAUGACACUCUGGAAACAGAUGCCAAUCCGAGAUACAAAAUCCCAGUAGAAGCAGAUUUUCUGUUUGCAUAUUCCACAGUGCCAGGUUAUUACUCCUGGAGGAAUCCUGGAAGAGGCUCCUGGUUUGUGCAGUCUCUGUGUUCUGUGCUAAAUGAGCAUGGAAAACAACUUGAGAUCAUGCAGAUCCUCACACGGGUCAACUAUGUGGUUGCCACAAAUUUUGAAUCACAGUCUGAUGAUCCACGCUUCAGUGAGAAGAAGCAGAUUCCCUGCGUGGUCUCCAUGCUUACUAAGGAACUUUACUUCUGAAAUAUAUUUUAAUGCAGCCAGUGAUGAAAGAUCAGGAUAUGGUUUUGGGUGGAGAUUUGAUUAUAAACUGGAGUAACACAUUUUUAAUAACAGAAAUGUAAUUACACUAGAUUUUUAUAU